AUGUUACUUCAUAGCAUUGGCAUGAAGGUUCCGGCGUUCUGGAAGCCGACAGAGCUUAACAAUACUGUUGUUACAGACUAUCCUAUAAUCCCUUCUCUGGAUUCUUAUCAAUGGAGAUAUGUGUUGGAACAUGAUGUUUGUUACGAAGCUAGCAUCUUUGACAAGAUGGUCAUGGAACUCGUGUACCAUCCUGAAAGGACCAGUAGCGUGAUUAUGCGGACGGACAUUUUACGAGACUCACAGAAUGAUUCGAGUCUAUGCAAAGAAUCCAAGGAUGUUAUUAAAAGUGACAGUUACCAAGUCUAUCGUAGUAUAGUUCGUCGAAUUAUCCCUCGAAAUCAACAAUUAGACGCUUGUAUGGAGCAAGAUACUAUUUUAUUGAAGGGAAGCAAUGAUCACAAGAGGAUUCUACUGUACUUACCGAAGCUUGAUCUAUCUUUGGAGGAACCGUAUAAUCACUUACCCUAUUAUCAUCCAGCAGUCGCAGGAGUUGCCCUGGAAUACACCUCUACCAAACUUCGUGUUGCCUAUUUAUUGAAUGCAAUACAUCAAAAAGAAAUUUCAACGAGACUACAAAGAACAGCUAAUAUGCUCUUGAUGGUUUUACACAAACAUUGCAAGGGUUCUGUGGAAGGUUAUGAAAAACGGAUGCUGCAUGACACUGUAGUUGAAAGGAAUAAUUUUCAGGAUACUUAUGUAGAACUAAAGAGGAAAUACUCAAAAAAACUGAUAGAAGGAUGGGUUGAGAAAACGGAUCCUGGGAAGCACGUUUUUGAAGAUUUGGGCAUUGCAGCUUUUUUGAUAGAGCUCUGGAAGCAGAUGUAUUCAUCAAAGAAAUCAUUUACUUUUGUUGACGUUGGGUGCGGAAAUGGGCUUUUAGUGCAUAUUCUUCUUUCGGAAGGCUAUCUUGGCUAUGGGUUUGACGCUCGUGAAAGACGAUCGUGGAAAACAUAUCCUGAUUACGUUCAAGAAAAUCUGUCUCAAAAAGUACUAGUACCAUUUUUUCUUAAAGAAAUUGAGGACCAACCACUUCCAUUUAUACCCGUCGAAAGUUUGACAAUCCAUGAUGGAAGGUUCCCUGUGAAUUCAUUUAUAAUCGGUAAUCAUGCGGAUGAAUUGACACCCUACAUUCCGAUAUUGGCCCGUUUAAAUAAAAAUUCUUCCUUCAUGUCAAUACCGUGCUGCGUUCAUGAUUUGACAGGCGCAAAGAUAUCUUGGUCCCUUCCGAAACCUCGAGACAAGAAGCACGGGGGCCGUUAUGCUAUGUACAUUGAAUGGAUCCGCCAAAUUUCCGAACGGUUUGACUGGAAUAUCGAAAUUGAACCUUUACGAAUUCCCAGUACUCGAAAUUAUGCCUUGAUUGGACGAUCUUCAAAACAAAAUGCUUCAUCCAACGAUACAGAAUUUCCUACUGAAGUUCUCAAAAAAUUAAUAGACGAAAACCAUGGAGCCUCAGGAUUUUUACAACAUGCUAUGCAAGUAGCAACGUCAAAUUCAAGGUCUCAUUGA